AUGCAUAGGUUUACUUUCGUCUGUGAGGAAGCAAGUUUUAUGUGGCAGUUACAGUUUGGUCAGGAUUUCUCACCACUCUUUCUUUCUAUUUGCAGAUGGUUUAAGCACAUCACAGAAGCUGCAGAGGCACAUAAGAGUCGGGAGAAAGAGAAUCCCCUUCAGAGGCGCCGCCAUGCCCGCGUGGCGACCAAUGACUCUGGGAGGAUACAGGAGGAGAAAGAAGAAAAACCAGGUGAUGAGAGCAGUCUGAACCGAGCCAAGAGCCAGAGUGUGGAGAGCCUGGACAACCUGGACAGGAAUGAGGUAGUCCAGGUCACGGACCAGCCACAGCUUGUCCAGCCAGCUGAGGUAGUGGUCACGGAGAAAGUGAUGCAGAGGGCAGACUCUGUCAUGUUGACGCCACACGAGUCGUUAAAGAAAAAAGACCAACAGAUCAGGCAAGCACUGCAAGACAAGCAACGGAUCACUGCAGAGAUUCUACAGAUUGAGCCUGCUGAGUUUGAAAAUGUGGCAGAGCUGGCGUGUGCUCUAGAGGGAGAGAAGGAAGCCAAGGAACUCAUCCUGGGCUCUAUCCUCCAGACCAAUAGACUGACCGCACUGGUCAGCGAUGCUCUCAGGGUCGACAAGGACACGCCGCCCGAGCAAGCCACUGUGCGUGUGGAGAACAAACAACUGUACCUAUCUCUUCCUGCUGACAAGCUCAAUGCAAUUACUAGAAGUUUAUCAGAGGCUCUCACACAGUUACUGGUAGGUUGUUUUUUUGCCUAAGGCAAGAUGUUGAAGCAUCUUACAUAGUGUCAUAUCCAACACAAUACAUUGUCACAUCUAACACAUUGCAGUUAUCAGAAGCUCAUUGUAAACUCUUACACAGGAAUUGUUACUUUUCGUACUUGGACAAUAUUUUUGCUUGUAAGUCAGUGGUAUUUUUAUCGUUCAGU